CAACAAGACUCACCUAGCUGGGUGCAAAGGAUGACGUUCCUGCCGGAUUCACAGCAAAGCCAAUUGGCGCAGACUUUGGGGGGCCAGCUGUCUCUGCAAUUGAUUGGCGCAUUGCUCAGUUUGAUAUCGGCAAGCCGCUUGUGAAAGGCUCAAGAAGUACCACAGGGAACUGGCUUUUUGUCUAAGAUUUGGCGGGUGUAACUUUCAAAAAUAGGCUGUUAGCGCGGAUUGAAGGUGCUUUGUGUGAUUGACAGCGACGUGGCGAGAAAAUGUCUGCCCAGGACCCCUUCUACCUCGUCAAAGAGGAGAUCCAGGAGUCGGUAAAUAAGGUCAGUGCUGGAUAUGCUCGAUGGGAGGGUUUGAGUACAGGCAGCGCUGAAAGGGACAGGCUGACCCGGGAGCUCGAGAGUGGUUGCGAGAGCGUGGAGUGGCAGGUUGACGAGCUUGAGAAGGCCAUCAACGUGGCGGAACGGGAUCCGGCACGAUUUAAUGUCAGCGCAAGUGAGAUUGAAAGUAGGAGACAAUGGACGAGCCAGACGCGAAAAGAGGUCGAGAGGAUACGACGGGUGGUGAAGACUGCUGCGCAGGCAGCGCAGGUCAAGUCGCGGCAAGAGCUCAUGCGGGGGCCUGCCGGGGGGAAGGAUGUCUCGUCCCGGUUGCAAGGAGCAAUCACUCGAGAAAAUGAUGCAUUUCUCAAUAACGAGUCUGACAGGCAGCAGCUCCUGAUGAGGGAGCAAGACGAGGACCUGGACGAACUAGAGCGGGGCAUCGCCAACAUCGGUAAUAUCGGCAAGGCGAUUCACGACGAGCUGAGCGAGCAGGACCUAAUUAUGGAUGAGCUCGACAAAGACAUGACCAGCACCAGCAGCAGGCUCGACUUUGUGCAGAAAAAGAUGGCGAACGUUAUCAAAAAAGCCGGGGUAAAAGGCCAAAUUUGCAUGAUUGUUUUUUUACUCGUCCUCUUCAUCGUUCUAGUAAUUUUAGUUUUUGAGACGUGAUUUCAGAGGCAAGUUGAGUCCAUUCCGAUACAUACAGACAGAGUGUAAUAUGUUGUCGUUGAUCAUUUGCGCAUGCUUGUUUCGUUUGGACAUGUCUUCAACCAAAUAGACUCUGCCAAUCCACAAAGGAACUCGGUAUUGGCUGCGGAUGCCUGCCAAAUGACGGCCGUGCCCCUUUGUGUAAUGGCGAAUGUAGUCUGACCUAGAUCAAGUCGAAGAAGGCUUGUAGCUAUGUCAUUCUAUCAAGAGCAGCGGAUAAAUCUCGGUAGCAUGGAUUUCUGAGAUGAAUCCCAAACAACCUUCCCAUAAAAUAUGAUUGUUUAUAUGUAAUUGUCCGCAGAUGAACAUUCACCUAGCUAAACAUUCAGC